AUGAGAUUUUUGGAGCCUCUUCAUCUUGCGCAAGUCAUCAAGAAACUUUGUGAUGAUCAGUCUGGAGGCUUUAUCAACUACCGGGAUAGUAAACUCACAAGAAUUCUGAAAAACUCCUUCGGUGGGAAUGCCAAGACUCUGAUCAUUUGUACAAUUACACCAGCAUCUUUGGAAGAAACUCUUGGCACGCUCCAGUUUGCCAGUACGGCCAAAAAAAUGAAGAAUACCCUGAAAGUCAAUGAAGUUCUUAAUGAUGAUGCUCUUCUAAAGCGAUACCGUAAUGAAAUAGAAGAUUUGAAACGCCAACUGGAAGAAGUUUCGUCACAUUCUCCUACCAAAGAUCAAUUAGCACAACUCUUGGAAGAGAAGAAUUCUGUUCAGAAGGAGCAGCAAGACAGGAUAAGAGUGCUGACAGAAAUGUUGGUGACCUCAUCCUCUUUUUUACAAGAGCGGGAGCUAAGG